AAGAACAAAUAAAAAUCACCUACAGGACCAUCACAGUUCUUAUAUAACUAGUACAUUGUUUGAAUAGCGAGCAAUGUAUGUACGUCUGCGCAUUACCCCAACAAAAAAGAAGAUUUCUGUAUUGCUUGUAUAUCGUUCCAUUCACUAAGCUUCACCAUGUGAGUGUCUGGCAGUGUGCUCGUGGACUUCGCGUUAUUUAUAUUUACGCUUCUCAAUUUGCCGAUAGCCGGGUAGAAAUCAAAGAUAAUUCGACAUAAAAAAGCCAAAUUUAAUUUCACAACAUGAACAACGAGUCUGAGUGUUUCCCAGCAUGGGCAACGAGAGAUUUUUUUGAGGAAAUUCUUCAGAAUUAUCUUUCCGGCAGCCAAAAUCACAAAAUGCUGUCGUACAGUGUAAAAAGCUCCCAAAGCGCCGGCUAUGCUAGCGAUAUGUUUUUUGGUGAAAUCAAAUACACAACAAAAGAGUCUGACGCCGAAGGUCAACCUCUUUCCAUCAUCAUUAAGGUGAAGCCGGUGAGUGAAAUGAGACGAACUGUGCUCAACACAAUGUACAGCCGAGAAAUAAUCAUUUAUCGGGACAUACUGCCGCAGAUAAGGCGACUCUUAAAUGAAAUUGCUCUUCCCACUGAAAUUGCACCACGUUGCUUUAUAACGAAAAAUUCUCCCACUACAUUGUUGGCCCUUGAGAACUUAUCAGCCCCACAAAUGGGAUAUAGUUUUGCCGAUAGACGCAAAGGUUUGGAUUUUAAUCAAACAAAGGGUAUUUUGGGCAAAUUGGCUACAUUCCACGCAUGCUCCAUCAUCAUAAAUGAGCGGUAUCCACACUUGUUUGUACCCUUCCACAAUCCAACCAUCUCACACCAUCCAGACCAAGAGAAUUUUGUGAUUUUUUUCCAAGUCGGCGUACGAGGUUUGCUGGCGGAAGUAUCAACAUGGGAAGGUCACGAGGAGAUGACGAGAAAAUUAACCAAAUUGGAAGCAACAAUUGUGGACAAAGGCGUCGAUGUGUACAAAUGGCACAAAAAUACCCUCAAUGUGCUCAAUCAUAAUGAUGUAUGGACGAGUAAUGUGAUAUUCAAGAAUAACAAGGAUGGCACCCCCGAGGACACCCUCCUACUUGACUACCAACUCUGCAAUUGGGGUUCACCGGGGAUUGAUUUGAAUUUUCUCUUCUACGGCUCUGUCCAAGAUCACGUACGACGACGCAUGUUGCCUCAAUUGCUGCAGUUUUAUCACUCAGUUAUGGCUGAAAUUCUGACUAAAUUAAAAUAUUCCGGAAAAAUUCCUUCUCAUGAUGAUAUUGUGAAUGAAAUGACAAAAACGGGCUUUCAUGGUGUUAACGCAGCACUUUGUCUCAGACCAAUGGCAAUGAUGCCGCCACGAGAUAACAUGAAAAUGGAGUCUUUUCUGGGGGAUGAUGCUGAAGGUGUAGCCUUUAGGAAGCACGUGUAUGGGAAUCCAGACUACAGGGAAUUUAUCGAACCUCUUCUACAGGAAUUUGAUGAAUUGGGGUACUUUGACUAAAUCUUUUGUAUCGAUGUAGGUAAAAAAAAAGGAAAUUCGGAAAAUUCUCAUAGAUAUAUUUUUACAUACAAUUAUUAUAGUUCUUUAGUUUAACCAAAAAUGUUUGGUUUACCCCACCAAAUAUUGGUCUAAAUAUUUUCAGAGGACUUUUCUCAGUCAGAACGUCUUCUUUGGCCUCUUUUUCAUGAAUUUUAUGCAUUUGUAUAUUGAAAAAACAAUUAAAUUCAUAAAUAAUUGGAAAAAUAUAAUGUUUCACGUUUGGGACAGAGUAUGCCCCGAAAAACGCGAAAGGGUUAAAGGCAAAAUUUAAUGAAACAUAAAUUUUAUAUGUGUCUAGCUAGGUACUUAUCUAUGUUUAAAAUUUACAGCUGUUUGCAGCGUCUUAAUAAUUCUUUUGCGACACAGAAAUGUAAAUUCUUUUAAUAUUUUUUCUUGCAGAAUUUUAUUUCUUUAUUUUAUAUGAACUUGAGCUCAAUUACUUCUUUCCCUUAUCAAUCUUCUCAGAUGUAAAUUUUACAAUUUUAUUUAUUUACAAAAAGUCUGUGUAAAAUGCUUGUUUAAGGUGUUCAAGUUAAGAUAUCCCAGAAAAUUUUAUAAAUGUAAGGAGAGAAUUAAAAAAAAAAAAACAAAAUAUUUCUCGAAAAUAUUUUUAAAAUAAAUGACCAACAAAAA